CAUCUCUAAAAAGCAACCAAAUGCCAAAUAAACCUUGGCGAAAAAUACCCCACUAAACAUCCAAUUUUUUGCAGUGUCAAAGGCAGUGAGCUUCAUAUUAGGUUCAUAGAUAUACUUGAUAAGCAAUGCUAUGGGGCGUCUCAUAUUGGCGACAAUCCACAGGAACAAAGGUCAACAAAUGAGAAGCAGGCAAAAGAAAUCAUCGAAGACAGGGAGGGAGCUGGGAGGAAGGCUUGUACAAGAUUUACCGAACUGCACAGCAUUAAAAAACCUUUCGGAAAAGAUUAAUAAUGUAAAACAAUUUUCUUCAGAAGCAUGUAUAUUCAAAGUGUCGGAGGAGCUGCGUAAAACAAACUCACAAGCUUAUACACCUCUCACAAUUUCCAUCGGGCCUUACCAUUAUCAUCAUAGGAAGAUGGAAAGGUUGAAAGAAUUGUAUACACAGUCCUUUCUAAACAGAGCACAAGGAGGUGUGGAGGAGUGUUGGAAGAAAUUAAAGGAUUUGCAAGGCAAAGCAGAGAGCUAUUAUGGUGAUCUUGAUGACAUAAAAUUUGUUGACGAUGAUGAAUUCGUGAAGAUGUUAUUGCUUGAUGGUUGCUUUAUAGUGGAAUUUGUUAUUAGAUCAUGUCUUCACUACGAUGCCAAGGGGCAAGCAGAAGACAUAUAUGAUCCCAUUUUCAAGAUUAGCGGGAUGGAAGAUAAUAUUGUUCGUGACAUGUUGCUCCUGGAAAACCAACUCCCCUUCUUUAUUCUGCAAGAACUCUAUAACAUGAUUAGUAAUCGUGGCAACUCAGAAUUCUCAGAGAAGGUGAAAAUUGCAUUUCGGAAUAAGAUACCAAAGAUGAACAUUAAGUCCCUACUCGAAACUAAGGUCAACCCCCAAGGGAUAAAGCAUUUACUUCAGGAAGUGCACAUUCUCUGCGAACCCCAAAAUAAUGGGAAGAUUCCACAGCAGCAGCAGCAGCAAGAGGCAUGUUCUCCUCCCUGCCAACCCCAAAAUAAUGCGAAGAUUCUGCAGCAGCAGCAACAGCAAGUGGUAUGUUCUCCUCCCUGCCAACCCCAACCACAAGGCAGCGGCUCUGAUAUUGAAUCCCAUAGUCUUAGUAACAGACAGGAUAGGCAUAGGCAUUGGCGGCAAUUCUUAAGUUGUUUUCUUUCCAAGUUUUGGGAACAACCACAACAAAGUAAAGAUGACGACGCCGCUUUAUUAUGCAGCAUCCGUACUGCAAGUGAGCUUCAAGAAGCUGGAGUUGACUUCAAAAAGGUUGUCAAGAUUAGUACCGACGACAGCUCUAAUGAAACCAUAAGUCUAUUUGAUAUAAAGUUCAAUAAUCACGGCGUAUUGGAGAUCCCCUCUUCCGCUCUCUAUGAUCCAACAGAAACCUUCUUCAGAAAUCUCAUAGCCUACGAGCAACAUUCUCCCGAUGUGAAUCCAAUGUAUUUCACAGAUUAUGCCAAGUUCAUGGAUGAUCUUAUUAAUACAGAGAAGGACGUCAACUUACUUCGUCUUAAAAAUGUUUUUGUAAAUGGACUGGGAGAUGACAAAGAAGUUACCCGUCUUUUUAACGACCUUUGCAAAGGGAUUACGUAUUCCAGUAAUAAUGACUUCUAUUACAAAGAUGUGUACAAGGAAUUGAAUCGACAUUGCGAAAAACCCUGGAAUGUGUUGAAGGCAAGACUAAGACGCGAUUAUUUUCACACUCCAUGGGCAGGGAUUUCCACCUUGGCAGCUAUACUGCUUCUUACACUCACUAUUGCACAGACUGUCCUAUCUGCGCUUGGUCUGCAAAAGUAAUUUCAUAAAUAUCCACUUCUGCUAAAUAUAAUAACAGCCGAUGAGUGUAAUAAUGUGAAUUCAUAACUUGUUUAUUUUGAUUUAGUCUUCCUACAUUUUCAAA